CACACGAUGGCUCGCUCAAUCUCCCUUCUAUCUCUCCCUCGUCCUCGUGCUCAAUCCAUCGCUACCGCCACUUUCACCCUCCACCAUCGCUUCCUCUUCAACAGAAUCAAAGGUUCCAAGCCACACACCUUGCUUCCCCAUUGUACGACGAUAGCGGAUCUCCUUUCAGAUCCCGGAUCUUCUCCGGUGACAUCUCCUCAGGCGACGACCUCCUUUGGCCACAUCUCUUCCCAUGGUAAUCUCCUCCGGUGAUGUCACCUCCAACUUCCUCUCCUUUCCAUCCUAGCUCUGCGCCUUCUUUGCCAAAAUCCUCAGCGCCUCCCUCAGCGUCUUCUUCGAUGACAUCUCUCUAUUGAAGAUCUGUAAAUCCAAGCCAUCACAAACAGAACAAGCACAACUCUCCCCUGCUUCCUCUGUUUUUCUAUAAGUACUAUAGAUCUCUCUCAUCCUUUCUCUUGUCCCUUCCUUAAUUUUUUAUUUUAUUUUUGCGGUAUAACAAUAUAAUUAAUUACUAUUUGUUCUUGUGUUGCUGGUUCAAUUUGAUUAAUAAUUAAGGUUAAGCAUGACAUCUUAAUUGUAUGAUUGUUAGGGUUUUGAGAGACAGGAAUUGUAGCUUAUUGUGUUUUGAGCACCAUGUGUUUGUUUUUAUGUGUGUGUGAUGGUUAAUGUAUCUAAAUUGGUACUUUUGUAUAUCAGCUUCUAUCGUGCUUCUAAAUUGGUGGUUAACAAUCGAAUUCUUUUCAGAUGUAAAUUGUAAAGUACAUUCUUUAAAUUCUUGAUAAUUUGUUCUAUUUGUUCAUGAAGUUGGCAGAAAAUUUAUGGGAGAAAGCCCUGGUGAGUGAAGCAUCAAUUUUCUUCUUAAUUUGUUAUUCUUUGGUUCAUUUAUGGCAACACUAACUAACUGGAACCUGAUUCUCCGGUUAUCCAGAGAGAACUGCGGUGAAAAGAUGGAUGAAUUUCUUAAGAGAUGCUUCUACCAUUCUGGUCAGUAUGACUCUCAGGAAAACUUUGCAGCACUGGACAAGAAGCUUAAGGAACAUGAGAAUGGGAAAGCUUCUAAUCGCCUGUUCUAUCUAUCAAUUCCUCCAAACAUAUUCAUAGAUGCUGUAAAAUGUGCCAGUUCAUCAGCAUCUUCUGGUAAUGGUUGGACAAGAGUCAUUGUUGAGAAGCCUUUUGGUCAAGAUUCAGAAUCUUCAGCUGCUUUAACAAAAUCGCUCAAGCAGUAUCUUCGUGAGGAUCAAAUUUUCAGGUUUUCUACCUAAACCAAUUAUGUAAUCUACUUUACAAAGGAGCUACAAGUAGAUGACUCGUCACUUUACAUAUUUGGGAUACAACAGGACAAGAAAGGUUCAAUAGUUUAGGUGCUGCAUUUUAUAGAGGUGUAGAUUGUUGUGUUUUGGUGUAUGAUGUAAAUGCACACAACACAUUUGACACACUAAACAAUUGGCAUGAUGAGUUCAUUAAGCAGGUAGAUUUGAAUGAUCAUGAAGCAUUUCCCUUUGUGUUACUUGGGAACAAGGUUGAUGUAGAUGGUGGGAACAGUAGAA